AUGGUGGUGCGGAUCCGGCUGGCCCGGUUCGGCUGCCGGAACAAGCCUUUCUACUGGGUGAUGGCCGCCGACAGACGCUCCCCGCGCGAUGGCAACCACCUCGAGGUCCUCGGAUACUACAACCCGCUCCUCGGGCAGGAUGUUGGCAAGAGGAUGGGGUUGAAAUUCGAUCGAGUGAAGUACUGGCUGUCAGUUGGGUCACAGCCAUCAGAUCCUGUGCAGCGCAUACUCUUUCGUGCAGGAAUUCUACCUCCCCCUACCAUGCUAGCUAUGGCGCGCAAGGGCGGGCCUCGCGGUAGACAUCCUAUUGAUCUGAUGACUGGACGCCCUUUGGAUCUUGAAGGUGUCACAAUUGUGAAUGAUCCUAGCACUCCAGAUGUUGGUGAUGGAGCACCCAAUGUGGCUGCAUGA